UUAGGUGGAGGCCGCGCCCGGAGGGGAGGAGUCGGGGCCGGCCCAGCGGCUGGGCUUGGCCGGGCUACACAAGGCCCCCCAGGACCGACUUGGCUCUUCCUCACGUAUCAGGGCCGAAUCCCUUUUCUGACUGACCCCGCUUCGCGAGCAAACGCCAGCUCCGUGACGUCACAGCCCUGCCCAUCCCCUCUGCUUGAUGUCACCCGGAGUCCCCUUCCUCGCUUCACUAAGUGCUCCCUUUAGUGUCCUGUUCACCUGGUCCCCGGCUGAGCUCCGGCGGCACUGCACAGAACCUGCCAGGCUAGAGACAUGCUGCGAACCCAGCAGUGAUGUGGAGGUGGAGACCCACAGGAGCCCCGGACUUCACCUGAGCUACCUCAGCAGUCACCAAGGGUGGCAAGAAAAGGAAGAAAGCCCUGAGUUGGGGGGGACCAGGAUGCCUGACCGGGACAGCUAUGCCAACGGCACUGGGAGCAGCGGUGGAGGCCCUGGAGGCGGUGGCAGCGAGGAGGCCAGUGGGACAGGGGCAGGCAGUGGCGGGGCCAGCUCAGAUGCUAUCUGUAGAGACUUCCUGAGGAAUGUGUGCAAGCGAGGCAAGCGUUGCCGCUAUCGCCAUCCGGACAUGAGUGAGGUGUCCAACUUGGGGGUGAGCAAAAAUGAGUUCAUCUUCUGCCAUGACUUCCAGAACAAGGAGUGUAGCCGCCCAAACUGCCGAUUCAUCCAUGGCUCCAAGGAGGAUGAGGAUGGCUAUAAAAAGACAGGAGAGCUUCCCCCUCGGCUGAGGCAGAAAGUGGCAGCCGGCCUGGGCCUUUCACCAGCUGACCUACCAAAUGGGAAGGAGGAGGUCCCUAUCUGCCGUGACUUUCUCAAGGGUGAUUGCCAGAGAGGCGCCAAGUGCAAGUUCCGUCACCUGCAGCGGGAUUUUGAGUUUGAUGCCCGGGGUGGAGGAGGUGCUGGUGGUGGGGGCUCAACAGGCCCAGUUCCCCCAGGACGACGUCAUGACCUCUAUGAUAUCUACGACCUCCCUGACAGGGGCUUUGAGGACCAUGAGCCAGGCCCCAAGCGCCGGCGAGGUGGAUGCUGCCCCCCAGAUGGCCCCCAUUUUGAAUCAUAUGAAUACAGCCUGGCUCCACCCCGAGGGGUGGAGUGCAGGCUGCUAGAGGAAGAGAAUGCCAUGCUCAGGAAGCGGGUAGAGGAGCUAAAGAAGCAGGUCAGCAACCUUCUGGCCACCAACGAGGUACUGCUGGAACAAAAUGCCCAGUUCCGCAAUCAGGCCAAGGUCAUGACCCUGAGCUCCACUGCACCAGCAACUGAGCAGACUCUGGCCCCCACCGUGGGCACUGUCACCACUUUUAACCAUGGCAUCGCCCAGACUCACACUACUCUCAGCAGCCAGGCUCUACAGCCUCGCCCCGUGUCGCAGCAAGAACUGGUGGCCCCUGCGGGAGCUCCAGCUGCUCCCCCAGCUAAUGCUGCACCGCCUGCCGCUCCACCACCCCCACCCCCACACUUGAACCCAGAGAUCACGCCACUGUCGGCUGCUCUGGCUCAAACAAUUGCCCAGGGAAUGGCACCCCCACCUGUCUCCAUGGCUCCUGUGGCUGUAUCUGUGGCUCCUGUGGCUGUAUCGAUGGCCCAGCCCUUGGCAGGAAUCACAAUGAGCCACACCACCACUCCCAUGGUGACUUACCCCAUCGCCUCCCAGAGCAUGCGUAUCACAGCCAUGCCACACUGAUGGGGCUAAUGGACACUCCCCUGGUAUAGCCUCCCAGGGCUGGGGUCGAGGGGCCCUUACCUACCCACUCGCCUAGCCCUCCCAGGCCCUGUCCGAAGGGCUCACUCAUGAACUAGGACAAGAGAGACUACAAGGAGUUUGCUUCUGAGCAGGGGUUGGGUUGGUGUGUUUUCUCUCACCUCCCUUUUAUGAGGGUCCUCUUGUCCAUCUUCCUUCCAGCCUCACAGAGGGGGCUUGCAUAGGAGUGCAGACUGAAGCCAGCAGAGGAAGGACUGACUGAGGGGCUAUGUGUUCUCUGAUGGGAAUUUGGGGGACAUCGUUGGUCUUGUCCUCUCUUCUGCAUGGCACAGGUUCCAGCACUGGCUUUGGAAGAAAAAAAUACCCUGCCCAGAGGGGAAGCCAGGAAAGAUUGGGAAGUGGGUGGCCAGGAGAGAAGGCCUGAUAGAAGCCAUCAGACAAUUUGGGGCCUAGCUGAGUUGGACAAUACAGGAACUGCUCCUGGGCCCAUGGGAAGGCGGGGACCAUAGUACUCCAGCCCAAAGACUAGGAGAGCAUUCAUUACCUUGGCUUGGCCUGGACAUCCAUAGGGCAGGGCCCACCAUGUUCCAAAGAAAUAAAAAAAUAUAUUUUUAACAAAUGGAGGCAGUGAAAACUUGCUUAGAUAUUCUGCGUGGAAGAUGGGAGCAGUAAAUAGAUCUGCCAAAAUGAAAUAAAGACCCCACUUUCACAUAGUAGUAAGGAUGGAUGGAGGCCAGUGAAGAAGGGUAGGGACCCAGAACAAGAUCAGAUGGGGCUUUGGGGAAGGUACUCUGUGAGGUAAAAACAUUGGAGCCACCUAGUCUUGUUUAAAAAUAGUCCCAUUUGUUUUGGUUUCUAUUUGCACAUACUAUUCCCAGGUUGCCUUAGUAACCAGGGCUCCUAGGGUCAUUUAGGGGGCAGGUACUAAGAAGGGUGGAUGUGCUGGGAAAUGGGAAUGGGAUAUGUAUCAACAGAUCCUUCCCUUAUUCAAACAGAGCAGGGCAGGUGGCAGUUGCUCUCUGAGUUGACAGCAGUUGAUGUAACUCCUACCCCAUCCCUUCCUCAGUCACCAGUGCCUUAAGCCUUCAAGGCUUAAGAGGUGCUGGGGAAAGGAGAGUUCUUCUGGGGACACAAGCCUCAGGGUUCGUCCCUUUCUUCCCUCUGCCUCCACAUAGAACCACAGAGGUUUUAAAUCCAAUUAAGAGUCAGUAAGGCCAAGGGUCCCAGUAGCCAAACCUCAGUUCCUCCUCACCUCAUGGCUGAUGGAGGGGAAACAACUCAGGUGUCUAGUCUAUGGGACAAUGGAUUUGGGGGUAGAGAGAGUGAUCCUGGUUUGUUCUUUCCCCAUCAUAUCUCCUGCUACCUCUUGCUCUCUUGUCUGGUUGAUCACUCAGGUUACACCUGGGGUUGGAGAUGGUGGGCUAGGUCAAGGCCAGUCAUUUAAAAAAAAAGGUGGGGGGGGGGGUUGCGGCACGAAUGACUAAAAAUGGGCAAAUACUGAAAUAUUGUUUGUGGAUUCUAGAAACCACACAUUGAUAAGCCUAAUGUUGAUUUUCUGGCACAAUUCUGGUUUAUUAAAAGAGAUGGUUUAUGAGCAUUUAGACAAAUGUGAUCAUAGAUAUCAACAUGAAUUAAUCCUAGCCAAACCCUGACAAGCUAACUUUAUUAUUUUUUUGCCAAGUAUCUCUAAAGAGGUAGAUUUGGGAAACUGUGGAGGUCGUAUGUACUUUAUUAACGUGCUCUAGCUAAAGACCACCAGGAAUACACCUGCAGUUGAACAAGUUGGGUUUAAUGCUCAUUGCAGUGAUGGAGAGAGGAUGCCAUUUGGAACCACGGUGUGUCUUGCAAGAGGGUGUUAGAAAGGACCCUACAGGACUUGAACUUCAUUAAGUGAGUUGGGGGAAGGUUCAAGGAAGUGGAGCUUCACUCUAAAUUGAGUGCUGUCAGGGGAGCAGGGAAAAUUCUAUAAUUGCGUAUCUUUAUCUUAUCUAGAAAAAGGGCAGUCUAAAGUGAAGCUGAAGCUGCAUUAGCUGGGAGAGGGGGAUGUUUGGUGUUUUGUGGUUUGCACACUGACCUUGUCUAGUGCUUAAACAAAAUUGGGAAGUGAUCUUGUUUUUUGCCUCACUUCAUCACAGUCACUGAGUACUCUUGUCUGAUAUUGGUGUUUUGUGAGAUUGUUUGUGUUCAACAGUACCUGUGAGCCCAGGUCAGCUCCUAAUAAUUCCAAAGCCUAGCUGUGUCAGGCCAGUUCCCAGAUGUCAGGAACUGCUUUCCUCUUUCUCACCUGCUAAGUCAUUGCAGAUAAGAGAAUAAUUAUGAGUCAGUUAAUAGUAGAGUUUGAUGGAAUCAAAACUGAACAUUUGUGCCUAGUAAAUGUUGAUUAGCAUAUUCAUGUUAGAGAAAUCUCUAGUCUCUAGUGAUAUACCCAAGGGCUAUGUUUUUUUUUUUAAUUGUAUAAAAAUAUGAAAAGCCCAGUUACCAACAGUAACACAAGGAAACACUAAGUAAUAUGGAAAUUGUCUGUAACUUGUAUUGACUAAAUUAAUCCAAAGGGUCCAUUUGGAUUGACCGACCUUCCCUCUAAAAAUUGCUUGAGCCUGUCUGAGAAACAAAUGCAGAGAUCUAUAUUAGCAAUAAUUCAUGUGAGAACAACAUGGGACUUCCAAUUGGCUGCAAAAAUUAAAAUCUUAUUCUUCAUAAUAUGUCAGUUAAUAAAUAUCAAGAGGCUGCUAUGUUCUAGGCACCUUUCUAGAAACUCCAUAAGGGUAAAAGAACCAUAGUUGUGCAUUGUAAAUAUAGUAGUUCUACCACGUCUAUCUGAGUGGAACCAGUUCUAAAGUAUUGUGUG